AUGCCGAACAAGCGGGCUUCGCGGAACGCUUACUUCUUCUUCGCCCUGGACAUGAUCCCGGAGCUGCGGCGCCGCGGGUUCUGUGUGGCCGGAGUGAAGGAGGCCAUACCGCUGUGCUCCGGGGAGUGGGCCUUGCUUUCGUUUCAAGAAAGGCAAAAAUAUGCAGAAAAGGCCAAAGAGUGGAAGAGCCGCGACCUUGAACCUCCGAGACCAAGCGCUGAUAAUGAAAAGGGGCUAAGGUUUAAUUAUCAGGUUGAAGGAGAACAGAGAGGGCAAGACCGGUACAGCAAGAGCCGUGAAGGGAUUUUCCAACAUCAGUAUGGACGGCAUGUCACCGCUACAACUAGUAAUCAGCUGCUGCAUCCACAUGUCCAGCACAUGUCACCACAUGUCAUCCCAUGUAAACACGAUUUGAUGGGGAACGAAAGCAUCGGCGAUGCAAAAACGCAGCAGAAUUUAAUAGAUUUGGAGAAAUGUGUGAUUUACGUCAUCGACAUCUUCAGCCACGGACAGAUGCCCAGCCUGUGCGAGCAGCGAUUCGUUCCCUGUGAGAUCGGCUGCGUUCGCUACUCCCUGCAGGACGGGAUCAUAGACUCCUUCCACGACUUCAUUGAUCCAGGAGAGCUGCCGCUUGGAUUCCGCUAUUACUGUCAUGAAGGGAGUUCGGCUACACAUCAGAUCCCGGUGUCUGGAUUUGAACUUGCAAACAGAGAUUACCACAACCUCUUCCGCUCUUUAUGUGACUUUGUGCGCCCUGCGGCGAAGCGCAGCACUUCUGUCUACUGCAGGAGCAAUGACAUCUAUCGAGUCAAAUGGAGUCUUAACUGGCUGGCUGUCAAAGCUGGUAUAGAGAAUAUUUUUGAGCUGCAGGAUAUAGAAAGCCUAAUCAUUAAACUUUUUAAAAACAAACUGGAGGAAGAGCCUUCAAAAUCCAGCGUGCUUCGUCUGCUGGGCGCCGUUAAGUGGGAUUUUGCAAGCAACACCAGAUGUAAAUGGCAUGAGGACAACGACAUGUGGUGCUGCGCUCUUGCAAGCUGCAAGAAAGCCACCUACUCCAUUAGCAGCGCUCUGGCCUCGGUGUAUGGGGUGGUUCUGACACCCUCUCACUUGCCCAACCUACAGGCGAACAACAACCAGAAGUGUGAAAGUGAAACCAUUGUUCUCAAUGCCAGGAGGUAUCAGAAAAAAACGGAUCGCCCCCAUCAGUCUGAAAACGGAAACUCUGUGGGCGCGGUCGGAGGAGAUUCUCUGGGAAUGAGGGGGGUCGGCUCCACUCCUCCUACCUCCAAGGCCCGGGGGCGCGGAAUCCUGCGCUUGUUGGAGGAAAUGCCGGCUCCUUACGCCACCUCAAAAUGAAUCCCUCCAUUACUGCCUCCUCUGAGUUAUUUGAGGUCUUAGAUUUCGUUUUUUUGUCCCUUGUUGCCGGUUAUCAUGGAGGCUCCAUGUGGUGAUCUCUACGUUGUAUAUCGGGUAUUGAUGAAGACCUCAGAUCCACUUUAGAGCACU